GGGCGGUUGGGUGUGUAGUGGGGCCUGGCCUAACCCAGCCUGCGAUACAAAUUGGUUUGAUUUCUAUUGGAUCUUCAACAGGGCUGAAGGGUCUUCAUAUAGCUGUUGGCCUUUCUAAAUAGUUUGUAGGCCCCCUUUGGGGGGUUUGGCUGGCGACAUCUGUUGGUUUGAUUUGCAAUUCAUUCCUGCAAGAUUUCACAUUUGUUUGCUUGUAAUUUUCAUUGGAUUGUUCUUAUAGGAUGGCAGCCCAACCAUCCACUUCGGGAAAAUCGAAGAGGCUCAUUAAAGGAUCUUCAAGGGGGCUGCGUUCGCCAUCCACGCAUGCUGCAGGCCGCGUGGAAGCCUUCAUUGCAAGCCUUGCUGGGGACCCACAGGCCCUGGCACAGCUUGGUUCUGGGCUGGAUGCCUUAUUACAGCGCCUGGACAUUUCUUCCUACCCUCCAGCAUUUUAAUGCCAAAUGCCUCUUCCACACCUCUGGUGGUGCCGGCCGCCCCCUCCGUCCAACGACGAAGGGAGGGGAAGCAACCGCGGCGCCCGAGAAAGAGGAGGCCGGCCACGGGUGGUGUAGGCGGGGUGGGGCAGGCUACGCAAGCAGGUGCUUCUACUAACGUUGUGAUUUCACCUUACCUCUACCCCAGAGUUCUGCUGUGGCCCUGCGGCGGGAUGUGCCUUCAACCACCUCUGGCGAGGAUGCCCUCCCAGGGCCGGCCAGGACUUCUCGGGGCGGAAACGCCAUCGCAAAAGGCAUUCACAGAAGCGUGCCAAGAGGCGCAAGGACGAUGCUUCGGCUUCUACCACCUCAGGACUUGCGGACGUGCACAUAUGGAUGGUGCGACAUUCCAUAGUCCUUGGACAGGCCUUUGCGCUGCUGAGACACAACUGGGUCUUCAGCUUGGCCUUCCUUCCAACAUCCAUGUGACCUGGAUGGGCAAGAGGGGCAUGCGCUGGGGGGAAACUCCUCCCUUUGCUGCAGCGCAAAGCCCUUUUGCUUGGUUGUCCGUCCGCCCUGGUGCUCCAGCUGGGGGAGAACGAUAUCCCCGCUUUGGUCUCUAUUUUAUCGCUGCGCCUGGCUAUCCUGCGGGAUUUGUUGGAGAUACGGACUUUGUUCCCGGAAACCGCCUUUCUCUGGUCUCAACUGUGGCGAAGGUUUCACUGGCGGAGUGACAUUCCCCCCUUGGCCGGGGAAAGAGCCAGGAAAAGGGUUACAGUGCAGCUUCCAAGCGGGUGAUUGGAAUUGGGGGACGUUUUAUACGACAUCCCGGAGUUACGUUAGAGCCCCUCUCCCAUAUCGGGAUGAUGGAGUGCACCUGUCCCCCGCUGGGUAUGACGUUUGGUUGAGGGACAUAUCUGAGGGCUUAAAAAGAGGGUUAGGUCUCUGAGUGUUGGCGGCAAGCCUGUGAUGGCUUGAUUGGCGGUUAGGCUUUUGGUUGGUUAAUCGGUUGGUAGAGGGGUGUGGCACACAGAUGCCUACCCCCACCUCCGUUUGCUCCAUAUAGUAGUAUUCCGUUAAAGGAAUCUCGGGGCUUACGCUCUUGUCCUUACCAUCCCGCCAUUGGCGGGGAUGGUGGGCCCAAAUUAUAAGAGAAAGAGCCUUGGGGAACAUUCU